AUGAGUUUCAUACGAGCUCGAGGGUUCAACCCAGCCACGGCUGGGUUGGUUGCGCGUGAUGCACAAGUUUCUGGGAUGGGAUCGCGAAUGAACCUGCGCCGAAGCCUUGAGUCCGUUGGAUCUCUGCUGCGUAGAUCAAGCACGAGCUGUACUUCGACAGAUGCCUCCAAUACUUGUGAGAAACCAGUUGGACCAUCGGACUCGACGCUCGCCAUCGUCCUGGGAAUUAUUAUUCCGGUUGUUGUGGCCGUCAUCGUUUUGUUUUUCCUCCACCGCAGGAAUAUGCGCCGAGACAGGCUGGAAGAGCUCAACGAUCCUACCAAGGACCUGGAUUUUGGAUUGGGAAAUGCUUCCUCCAAGAAGCGAAAGAGCAUGUUUGGCGGAGUUGAAAAAGGCAUGCACAAGGGUGGACUUUCCAUGGACAUGAACCUCUCGUCACCGUAUCUUCUUCCUCCGGGCAACACUGGAUCUCGCGAAUCUAUUCACUCGUAUGCUCGAACCCUCCAAACCGAAAAUGACCCCUAUAGAACCGUUAGCCAAUACGCAAAUAGUGAUGUUGGCUCUAUCCGAUCCUUCAAGACGACUGACAGCCCUUCUGGAAGACGCCCUCCCAAGUCCAGUGCCCUCGCCAUGCCUCCGACAACGCCCCAGGCCCAUUCGGAUGAGAAAGAGGAUCCCUUUGCUACCCCUACCGCUCCCAAGCCUACGCACCAGCCUCCUCCCAGUGCCGCCGAGGUCCACGAUGUCAUGGUUCCCGUGCAGCCAAUUGUCCCGGAAAUCGAAACUGUUGCCCCUGUCGACGUCUUCAACGCCGACGAAUUCGAAGUGCCCGAUAUCCCGGCUCCUGCUCCCGCUGCUCUGAAGCUCGACGGCUCCCGAAGCCCCAACAUGGAACCUAGCUCAGCUCGUUCAUCUGCUUACACCGAUAAUGGUCGUGCCUCGCACGUCAGCCCCGCUGACGUUCCCCAGAUUCUCUCUCCCGGACUACCCCCUCACGAGGACGCCCCCGCACAUGAGGAAGAAGAACCCCGUGGCCGACCUCUCUCUCGACUUCCCGCUCCUCAGCAGAGCGGUGGCCUCGGUGUUCCGCAAAACAACGCCAACAAGCGACUCUCUGUGGGAUUCAGGCCUCUGCCUCCUAGCGAAGCCAUGGAGUCUGAUGACCCUGAAGUCCGCGCCAACCGUAUCCGUUCUUUCUACAAGGAGUACUUUGAUGAUUCUAAUGAAGCGCCCCCUCCUAUGCCCACUCAACCUCCCCAGCACCUGCAACAGCAGCAGCAGCAGCAGCAACAGCCUCAGCCACAGAGACAGGGCGGUCCCGAUUACUAUGAAGACUAUGAUCAAGGUUACCUAGAGGCAGCUGCUUACUAUGACGCCGACACCAACGCCUUUGUUAUGCCCUAUGCCCAGCCUGUUACCCGUCGUGCCAUGACACCACCUCCCAGUAGCCGUCAAGGUGCUCCUCGGGGUGGCUCACGUGGCCCCGGCCCGCGCUUCCGUGGUGCUAAUGGAAAUGGCGGAACCUUCUCUCCCGGCCCUGGUGGACGUCCUCGCGCCGGAUCAGCUUUCGGCCCUAGACCGGAUUCUUCCGCAUCUGGCAGAUGGGCUCGCCAAAACCAGCCAAAGAAGAACUUGCCUCCUCCGGCUGCUCUGGCCACGCUGCCAACACCAUCCAAGCUAGCUGACGAUUCUUUCGCCAUCUUCAAUGCCGCUGAUUUUGCUCCCCCGUCUAGCAUCAGGGAUAACGUUGCCGGCCGAAGUCAAAGCCCCUUUGGCGAGAGACGCCCCUUCCUGCAGCCACCAACUGCUGCUUCACCGCUGGUGACUGCUUUCGAAGAUCUAACACCUCUACCCAGCCCACACUUGCUCCGAAAAUCUAGCACCUUCACUGGCCUGGACUUUGCCCCUCCCAAGAAGUUCAGAGAUCCUGAGGUCGCCAGCGACGCAGGCAGCAUCAGGAGUAACAGAAGCGGCAUCUCCCAGACGCAGCUCAAUGCCAUCCGAAGUGGAGCAGGCCGCAUCAGUCGCCUUCCAGGUGACACAGUUUUCACGACAGCUGCCAUGGACGACCAGCUGAAGCCCUCAUGGACCCUGCGACCUUAG